GAUCAUCAUCUUCUCCUCGCCCUUCGUGUCCUUUUCUUCAACCACAUAAAACUUCUCUGUCGUCUUCCUCCCACCGCCUUAGUUCUCCUGGUAUUUAUAUAUACACCCUUCUGCAAGAGUUCCCUUUUUUUAUUCAACAUAUCCACUUCUUCAAUCGUUGCCAUACCCUUUUGCUUGUUAUCUCCCUUUUGAUCUGUCGCAUGUGAUUUCGUCUUUCCCUUUUUUAUUUUGGGGAAUAGCUAUGGCUUUGGUUGAGAGCGCCAUUGUAGGGUUGUUCUUUGCCUGGGUAGCGUUCGUUGUUGGGGUGCUUAUAGGAUGGACAUGGAAGCCAAGGCGGGCUAGCCAUGGCGGCAAAGCUAAACUACGCUGUUUGGUCCCCAAACCCUUGGAUUUGUCUGUACCGCCUUCGCCUUCUCUCUCUGUUUCUUCUCCGUUGAAGGGGUUUGGUUCAGCCCCUUGCUUAAAUGCCCUUAUUUGUGACCCAUGGGCCAUGCCCAUCAGGCAAGAGACGAGAAUUCCCUCUGUAGCAUCUUCUAAACCGGAAGAGUCCAAAAUGAAUCAGACGGACGAGAGACUGCCGAACACAGUGACGGAGGAAGAUUUAGGACAUCUUGUUCGACUGGUGGAGAAGAAAGACGGCGGCCCUCCUUGGAUGCAGCUGAUGGAUCGUUCCACGUCUGGUAUGCAAUAUCAAGCUUGGUGGAGAGAAACCAAGACUGGUCCGACCGAAUACCGCAGCAGGACUGUGUUUGAGGAUGCCACUCCAGAACUGGUCAGGGACUUCUUCUGGGACGACGAGUUCAGACCAAAGUGGGAUAAUAUGCUUGCGGAUUCUUGCAUUUUAGAAGAGUGUCCGAAAACAGGAACCAUGAUUGUUAAAUGGAUACGUAAGUUCCCGUUCUUCUGCAGCGAUAGAGAAUAUAUCAUCGGUCGCCGGAUAUGGAACUGUGAACAAUCUUACUACUGCAUAACCAAGGGGGUGUCGCUUCCUUCUAUCCCACGUAACGACAAGCCAAGACGCGUAGACUUAUACUAUUCGAGUUGGUGCAUUCGAGCAGUGGAAUCAAGAAGAGGUGAUGGGCUGAAAACCUCAUGUGAAGUGAUCCUCUUCCACCAUGAAGACAUGGGCAUACCACGAGAACUCGCAAAGCUCGGGGUGAGGCAAGGAAUGUGGGGAGCAGUGAAGAAGAUGGAGCCCGGGUUUUGUAGCUACCAGAAAGAAAGAUUCUCAGGUGGAGGAACACCCUCCCAUUCCGCCGCCAUGGCUCAGAUCAACAGCAAAAUCACGGCCCAGCAUCUGAACUCUCUGGCGGACAGAGAGACUUCCCCAGAAGCAGGAACUCCUGUUACUUCGAACCAACAGCACGGGCCUAACAUACCAAAGCUGGUGAUUCUCUGUGGAGCUGUCCUGGUUGCUUGCAGUCUAAGCAAAGGGCUUCUUCCUUCUGCGUUGGUUGUAGGGUUUGGCCGAAGGUUUGCUAAUGCCGGAAGACGACGACAGCUCGAAGCAGGUCCUAACGCUUAGUGGCCUUUUACCCCGUAUAGCUGAUUCUUCAGUGGAUUGGACUCUUGGGUUUUCCCAAGUGAAUAGGAAACGUGUGUAUAUAUAUAGGUGUGUGUGUGUAUAUGUCCUGAAUCUUAUCAGCGUACCAUAGAAACGAAGGUUUGCAUGCGAUCAGUUUCACGUCGAAAUUUCUAUAUCCAACAACGUUUCAUACAA